AGCAGCAGAAAGUGGAUGGAUGGAUGCAAUGAAGAAAAGGGCAAGUGGGGGCAGAAGUCACAGGAAACCCCAGAGAAGCUUCCAAAAGCUGAGGUUCAACCCAGCCAUGAGGAGGACGAUGAUGAGGAUGACUCCAGAGUUGGUUUCAGCAGAGAGCCUAUCCGCAGGAACUCUCGCUUUUACCGGUCAAUGAGGAGGAAGAGGCUGGUCUCAUCUGAGCAGUCUGAAAAUUCUACCAAGCCUGGUUUGGACCACGGUCCAUCCAACAGAGCAGGAGUUACCUCAUCUAAUGCUCCCUUACCCCACAAAUCACCUUUGUUGCCCGGGGCUAGACGCCCUCAGCUUUCACCACAGCUCCAUCAUUCCAGAACUGUGUUGCCAAGCAAUGGUGAGGCCAGCAGCAGACAUGCUCUGUACAACAGGGAUGCUGUGGAUAGGAGAAAAGGAGGAGUGGGAGGGGGGAGGAGUGUGGACAUAUCCGCUGCUUCCAACAGCCUGCAUAGAGAUUUUAUAGCUGACAUGAUCACCUACCGGACCCACGGCAUUCAUAGUGGAGACAUAAAAAAGCUGUCUGAGCAAACAGCUGCAGCUUGCACUCUACACGAGGUCAGAGGGAAAACCAUGAGCUCACAACGGCCCAGUUCUGACGGAGCAGAGCGGGAUAACGUCAACCUCAGGUUGCUGAGCAAUGGAGAUAGCUCCCAGACAAUCAGCCAGAGCCUCAACAUUGUCAAAAACAUUGCCUUCCUGUACCAGGAAUACCGGGACACCUCCAAGCAGCAGGAGAUCGAGCAACGGCGGCAGCGUGAGAACCUUUCUCCCAGGGUCACGGCAGGGUCCAGUGUCAUGUCCCCCCCAGUGUUACAGCUGCAGCUGAGGAACAGUGGUCGCUCACUGAGUUUGUGGCAGAACCUUGAAGCUGUGCAAGCCAGCGGCCUGCUCACCGAGUUACCGCAGAAAGAAAUCAUAAUGCAAGAGGCCAUGUUUGAGCUUGUUACCUCAGAAGCAUCGUACUACAAGAGUUUGGAGAUUUUAGAGACUCACUUCCUACGUAAUCCUGUUUUGAUCAACACUCUCAGCCAAUCCGACAUGCAUUUUCUGUUCUCCAACAUCGAGGAAGUCAUGAAAGCCAGUGAAAGGUUCCUGAUGGAUCUUGAGCACAGAACUGAGAAGUCUAUUUUGAUUUCUGAUGUGUGUGACAUUGUCAACUAUCACGCUGUGGAACACUUCAGCGUCUUCAUCAAAUACGUCAUUAACCAGGUGUACCAGGAGAAGAACUACAGACGCAUUUUAGAGGGAAACCAGGCAUUUCGGGAGACCAUGGCUGCACUGGAGAACCAUCCACGUGUCAGGGGCCUGUCCUUUACCUCAUUCCUAAUCCUUCCUUUCCAGAGGAUCACAAGGCUCAAGCUGCUCGUACAAAAUAUCCUGAAAAAAGCAGAGGAAAACUCAGAGAGGGAAGCAAAUGCUAUAAAAGCCCAUCAGCAACUAGAGCAGAUUGUGAAAGAGUGUAACGAGGGGGUGCGAAAAAUGAGUCGCACUGAGGAGCUUAUCAGCAUUGAGAAAACACUGGAGUUUAAAUCCAAGUCUGUGCCCAUCAUUUCCCACUCGCGCUGGUUGCUAAAGAAGGGUGAAGUGCAGCUAAUGGCUGGACCUAGGAGCACUAGGACCAUGCGGAGUCGUAAGCUCUACCAACCAGUCUACUUGUUCCUUUUUAACAAUCUGCUGCUGUUCACCAAGCGCAGCUCUAGUGGGGACAAGUUCCAGGUUCUUGACUCAUGCACGCGGGCCAUGUUGAGGACUGAAGAUCUUGAAGACCAGGGCCAACUACUUGCCAAUGUCUUUAAUCUUAAACUGCUGGAGAACCAAGAGGAGCGUCCAGUCAGCUACAUGCUCAAGACCUCCAGUAUGAGUGAUAAGCUUCGAUGGAUGUGUGCUCUCACUCCUAACCGCCGCACACGCUUCAUGUCUACUGGUGCCCAUCAACCAGACUCUCCACAGGUGCAGUGUAUUCAGUCAUACUCAUCUCAGGAGCCAGAUGAACUCUCCAUCGAGAUGGCUGAUGUUUUGAACCUCCUAGAGAGAACAGACGAUGGCUGGAUGAUGGGUGAAAGGCUCCAUGAUGGUGAAAGGGGCUGGUUCCCUAGUCGAGUAGUAGAAGAGAUCCAGAGCAAGGAGGUCCGAGCUCAGAACCUAAGAGAGGCCUUGAGGAUCCAGCAGGCCCAGGAAUGUGGAGGAGGCCCGCAAACUGGAGCCAGGAUUGGUUUAAGGGUGGGGAGACGCACCCCAAAGGUCUCUAACUUCUCCAAUCCUUGGAUUGAUCAAAAGAGGGAGUGCAGUGAAGUAAAGCAGUGAAUCAGUAACAAUGAUUAAUGUCACCAUUCAGGGCCAUGUGCACUAGGAGAAAAAUAAUAAAAUAAAAAGGAUACAUAUGACUUAAUUCCCAUCAAUGACAUCUUGUCACUUUGAUUUUCACUUAGCAGUGGAUGGAUAGAAAUCCACAGUUUUGGUCCAAGUGAUCUGGGACAAUGAUCAAAGAUCUUGAGUCAAUAACCUUGUAAAAGCGAUGCUGCAUGUCAUAUAAAUGUGUGCUGAAAGUGUUUUGUAGGCCCACACAUGGUGGUAUGUAAUGCAUGAGACAGAAUAUCACACCAACAUUGAGUACAAUCCUCAGCAUGCAGACAUGGAGAUAUGAACUUAAACUAUCUAUGAUAUUUAGGCUCUGUGUUAGGUUAGGAGCUAUGUGUGGGGAUGGCAAGAACCCUAAAAGUUCUUGUAAAAGUACUGUAAACAUCCCUCAGUACUGUAAACAUCCCUCAGCUGGGCAAGUUUUAAAACUUUAAAUGUGUUCGUUCAUUGUAAAAUACCUUUCAUUAUGCCCCACAACCACAACACAAACAGUCAAAUGUUUAAUAAAAUAAAUUCAUAAAAUAGUAUUGUAUGAAAGUCACCAACGAUUAUUUAAAAAGUCUGUGUCUAUGAAUAUUGAAAUAAUUGAGUUAGCUAAAGUGAUACUCCACCCAAAAUCUUAUCAGUAUGAAACACUGACUACAGCCAGACUUGAUUGGUGGCUGUAAAAGGUUGCUCCAUUAUGGAGAACAGCGGCAGUAGUCCACUUGGCUUCACAGCAGCUGUGUCAAAAGUGUCAGGACAUCCAAAGGAAUCAGUUGCGUCAGCUACUAAUGAUGGGACUGAGUGCAAAAUUUAGUAUGGGCCCUUUUCACCUUGAUGCACACACAAUCAUGCAAACACACACAUGCACACAAGCACCAGAUAGAUUGCUAAUAUAAACCACAACAACAUGGCAAUAUUAUUUCUCCUUUAGUUUGGUACAGAACUAUCAAAAAUAGUGUAUGUCACAUUUAAAAACAGACACGGCAGCCGAUCUGAACACUUAAAACAAACUUAUAGCCUACUCAUUUAGUUUUAUUUGAAUGGCAUCCAACAAGCCUUGUGCUGUGCAGAAUCCUUAAAAAUGUCCUUUAGAUCAAACUCCCUGGCUCUGGUGUUCAUCAAGUCCAUCCAGUCUCUUCUCUGCCAUGGUGCAAAUUUGUUUUAACUUUAGAGAGGAAGUCUCUGCUCUUGCGACAGUAACAGGUAAUUUCAUGAACUAUAGCAGGGCAGUGCAAACAUCACAGAAUGUAGAUAUGAUUGAAUGGUUAUCCACAAUAAAGUUUGGAGAGCCGCCUGGAGCUCUGAUGGCAAUGUCCUGAUGCACGCUUCGCCUGCAUCCUCCUUUUUCUCCUUUUGCUUAUGAAAUCCGUUUUCGCAUUAUUCAUAUUUCGCAAGGUAUUUGCACACUGUCUCAAACACUCCUCCUGAUUUUCUAAUGCUAAGAACAAGUUUUUCCUACCUGUCAUGUACCCAAGCUGACCGCAGCUUCUGUUCUCUGUACAAACUACAAACUAACAGCCAUCUUCUAUGCCUACAGUGUUUAAUACUCAAAAGAUAGAUUUUGUGUGGAAUAUCAUUUUAAAAUUGUCAAUUUAACAGGAGCACACAAACAAGGGAUAUAUCCUGUAAUAGCAAUUUUAAUGCCAAAUAAUUGCAAUAUGUUGUAACUGCAUAGAAUGUAUCAAUACUAUGAACAACUAUGGAUCAGCAUGAUUGUAAAGCCUGUGUGUCUUUAACUAUGGUGUAUAGUAAUGCAAACAUUCAGUGUUUAAAUGAAUAAUUACUAAAAUAAUUGUUAUUUCAUUUUGUAAGAUGUAAAUUAUGAUGAUGUGCCUGACUUGCUGAUUUAAUUAUUUUAAUUAUUUAUUUAUUUUCUCUCCCAUGUGGAACACAAAUUCAUAUGCAACUCCUGUUGGAGAUAGAGCAGACAUGCAACCUCUAUAACACACGCCAACAAGGAGCUUCACAGGGAGGUUUAUGGUAAUCAUCUACCCUCACUGCAAUAUUUUACAUUUACAGUCUGUAGGACUACACUAAAACAUGCUGACACACACACUACUCAUUUAAUUGUAAAGUUGAAGGGGAACUACACACUCAAAUUCUGCUAGAACCCUCUCCAAUCAUAUGAUUGGAGGAUUGAAGAAACACGUGACACACGUGACACACAGGGUCAGGGGACACAGAGGAGACCAACUGAUCACCGCUCAGUGUGGCAUGGACAGUGACGUAGAGCUGGUAGUCAGAGCUAACCAGCCAUGAGAAGCUAUUGUCACACUCUCUGUUUUUCCGCUGGAAGGACAGGGCGUCUAGUUGAUCUUUGACACAGUUACUGUGUACCUGUGUUGUAGCUGGGCUAGCAGCUCUACUAUGAGAGGCCCUCAUGGUGUGUGUGUCUGUGGGGAAGUGUCAGUACGUACAACAUAAUACCUUUUGUCUUGCCUAUUCCAUCACAAUUAGGGAGGGGCCAGAGAAUUCAGCCGAACCAAACUUUCAAAUCCAAACAGACACAAACAGCUAUGUUUGAACAAAAUAAGCUGUUUUUACACACAAUAUGUUUUGAUAUUAACAUAACAAUCUAUGUAAUUAUCUGUACAACGAAAAAAAGACUCUUUAAAUUCAUUAAUGCAGGUUCUUCAGUCCAGACCACAGGAACACAAAAACUGACUUAAGCACCUCAGCAGCCUCAGCGUUGCCUGUUCUUGUUUUUCACUCACUCAAACUACAGUUCUAACAAAUGUUCAUAUCUUAUUGCAUGUAAAAGCCAAUUUAUCUGUGCGUAAAAGAGCUUACUGGUACCAUAGAGAGUGACGCCAAGUUCAGACAGGUGGCAGAAGCGCUGCGAUAUGUCAGUUCUCGCACGAGCAGUAGCCUGGCUGUUCACACCAGAAGCCUAUUUCUCUGCACCGGUCAACAAGCAAUUCUGCUCCUGUGCUUUUUUCUAAUCACACGUAGAGCUGAUCUCUAUCACAUCUGAUUUGAUCUGAUCGCUCUCUCUCUGUCUGUCUGUCUGUCUGUCUGUCUGUCUGUCUGUCUGUCUGCUCAUCUCUCUGUUUGGACUCAACUGAUAAAUAAAUAUGUGGAAUAAGUACGUAAUUUAAAAAACAUAAUCACAAACAGCAGUGAUAGUGGGAAAAUCAAAAGAUUUGGCAAGCAUGGGAUGCAUAUCUAAUUAUUUAUCAGACUCAGAUUAUUUAUAUCAUAUAUAAUAUAUCAUUUAUAUCAGUUAUGAUAGAUUAUCAGUGUGUUUUCUUGCCAGAUUGGCUCACGGCACGCUGAGAAAAUAGACAUGACGCCAAAACUAUUGCUGUAGAUUGGCUGGCCACGGCGCGUCCUAUUUGAACAGCCCAACUGGUUAACAUGGGCACCGAAAGGAAUAGGGCAGCACUACGUGGCACUUCGCUUCCUGUCUGAACACUGCUUUCUCACUUCUUAAUGUGUUGUUUGAACUGUGCGCUCUUUAGAGCAGCUGUCUGGAGAAAACAUUUCCAUGCAACCCAGGCAUUAUGUUAUUAGUUUGAUUUUAAUGCACAGUCAGACAUCUGAUCUCACACAUACAUACAAACACGACUGAGAGGAAUCUGUCAGGUAAAUAGAAGAGUGUGCCCAAAGGCCUGGCAAUGUAAAAAGAUGAAAGAGCCUCCGCGAGCGUACAGGAGGUACGUAAAGCUAUUAUGAAUCGGACACUUUGGGCCUCAUUUUAUUGACGCAAGCGCAACAACCAGCACAAAUCUUCAAGUGCCCUUGCUAUUUCAUGCAGGGAAGCGGACAUAUAUACAUUGGCUUCAGAAAGUAUUCAGACUUCUUCACUUUCUUGCACAUUUUAUUGUGUAUUAAAAAUUAAUGACAUUUUCUUUUUGACAAGUAAUGGUACACACAAUAAUCCAUGCAUAAGUAUUGAGACCGCUAUGGCAUUCCAAACUGAACUCAGGGGCAUCCUGUUUGCUCUGGUUAUCCUUGAAACAUCAACUUGAUUGGAGUCCAACUGUGGCAAAUUCAAUUGAUCUUUGUUAACAGCUGGUGAUCAGAGUGGUUAAACUUUUAAGUACAUCAUAUCAUUGUUUUAUGCUGAUCACCUCAAAAGCUCUGAAUUGAGAGCACCACGAUUCAGAGCUAUGAAGCAGCUUGUCCUUUUCAGUUUGUGAAGCUAAUGUUAGGUCUGUAUAAGAUCAGGGCUGUCAAUAAUAUCAUUAGAUGUCCUCAGUCUGAUAUCAAAACAUUGCCAUCAGUUUUUCAUUGUUACCAUAACUGGACAACUUAUGUAAUUAAUAAAUAUGCCCCUUUUUAAUGUCAUGAUUACAGUAUAUUUAAAUAUUAUUGAGUAAUGUUUGGUAUACCUCUAAUGUAGUCUUAGUUAAUGUUUAUAACCAGUCUUUCACAUCAGUCUUUUAAACUGGUGAUAGUUUAACUGGUGGAGAAAAUGGAUGGAUGACGGGGUUCCACUAGGUUCUGUGCUUGGACCGAUUAAUUUCACCUUAUAUAUGAUUCCUUUAGGCAAUAUUAUUAGGCAACGCUCCAUAAUCUUUCAUUGUUAUGCAUAUGAUACCCAAUUAUAUCUAUCGAUCAAGCCAGAUGAAACUAACCAGUUAGCUAAACUUCAAGCAUGCCUUAAGGACAUAAAGAUCUGGAUCACCUGCAAUUUUCUGAUGUUAAACUCAGACAAAACUGAAGUUAUUGUACUUGGCCCCAAACACCUUCGAGACACAUUAUCUAAAGAUAUAGUUGCUCUAGAUGGCAUUGCCCUGGUCUCCAGCACCACCGUAACGAACCUCUGAGUUAUCUUUGAUCAGGAUGUAUCCUUUAACUCCCACAUAAAAGGAGUGCCUUCUUUCAUCUAUGCAACAUUGCAUAGAUGAAACAAUCAACAAUCAGGCACAUCCUGUCUCAAAAUGAUGCUGAAGAACUAGUCAACAUUUGUUACUUCUAGGUUGGACUAUUGCAAUUCCUUAUUAUCAGGCUGCCCGAAUAAGUCCCUUAAGACUCUCCAGUUGAUCCAGAAUGCUGCGGCACAUGUAAUGGCAAGAACUAGGAAAAGAGAUCAUAUUUCUCCAAUAUUAGCUUCUCUGCACUGGCUCCCUGUAAAAUCCAGAAUAGAAUUUAAAAUCCUUCCCCUGACCUACAAAGCUCUUUAUGGUCUGGCACCAUCAUAUCUUAAAGAGCUCAUAAUACCUUAUUACCCGACUAGAACACUGCGCUCCGAGAAUGCAGGGUUACCUGUGGUUCCUAGAGCCUCCAAAAGUAGAAUGGGAGCCAGCAAAUUGUGAUUUUUGAAAUUGGGCUAUAUAAAUAAAACUUUACUACUUUACUUGACUAAUGUAUGUGUUAGUGCAACAUCAUUAUACUUGUAAUGUAUACAUGUAUACAUUAAUCACCAUCACUAAUAUGAUUGCAUAAACUGUGGUUCUUGA